GCCAUUUUGGCAAGGAAAAUUUACAAAGGCCGCAGGAGAAUCCAACCUACAGUUUAUGUAAAGAUGGUAUUUUGAUCGUGAAAGACGUCUGUAUUUUUCCUUAGAAGAUUGUUGUACAGGAUAAACACCAUGUCUGUCAUCAUCCGUCUUCAAGGACUUCCUUGGUCGUCCAGUGCCGCCAGCAUACGACAGUACUUCAAAGACCUGAAUAUACCACCAGGGGGUGUUCAUAUCAUCGGCGGUGAGAAGGGAGAUGCCUUCAUUGCAUUCAGUACAGAUGAAGACGCCCGACAAGCCAUGAUGCUGAACUUGGGUAAUAUUGAUGGAAGUCAAAUUAUGCUUUAUCUUAGCAGCAAGACACAAAUGCAGCAAGUCAUUGCUGAAGCAAGAGGACAAAGCGCUGGCGAGCCAUCGUUUCCACCUCAGCAUUCGUCUUCAUCUUCCCAACAAUCCUAUACAUCCCAAGAUAGCUUUGCUCCCACGGCUUCAGUGCCUUCACAGAGUUAUCCAUAUCCGCCAUCGCAAAUGGAAGCUAUACAAAGUCAUGAGUAUCCCAAACAGGAGUCGCUUGAGAAACAAGCCCCAGGGAAUUUUGAUUACCAUCGUUAUGAUUCAGUUUACGGGCAGGGUAGAGGAUAUCCGCAAAUUGAUAGUUCUGGCAAAGGUUCACUUUCAUCAGAAGAUAGCAAUUCCAGACCUAUGACAGCAUUUGAAAAGCGCCAUCCAACCCCCGGAAUGGGUCAGAUUGAUAAGGAUACGCGGAGUGAACCAAAUGCCCAGUUUGAUCCACACAAAUUAAUAUCCGAUUUAUCAAAGUCUGGUUUGCUUAAUCCAGGGAUAUUUAGUAAACCUGAAAGUGAUGAACAGAAGCCACCACUCAAAAGUGAUGCAGCAUUCCCCAAUGAAAGAUAUGGAAAUAAUUAUCCUCCAGAUUUGUAUAACAGAGACCCUUAUUCAAGAGGGUCUUUUCAUCAAGAUGGCAAUGAGACACAGCCUAACAGGAAUGUUCCACAAAAUGAAUUUAACAUCAGAGGUAGCUACGAUGGAAGACCGGACGAAAAUAACCCACAAAUGUAUCAACAUCCCGGAGGCAUCAGAGACCAGUACCGUCCUGAUCGAAUGGAAAAUAGAAAUUUUGAGCCAAAGGAUGGGGAUCAGCGGUCAUAUCCACCCGAGGGACGUGUUCCACCUAAUAUGCCUUUUAAUAGGAAUGACAGUCGAGCUUUCCCACACAGUAGACCGCCGCCUCUCCUGGAACGCCCUCCUUUGGAUGAGCAUCACAAUCAACAGGAUUCCUACGAAUGGAACCCAGACAACGAUCCUCCCUUUGAGAGGCGUGGACCAGAUCAACCACCGCAUCGACGAUCACGAUUUAAUCCACCACCAAAUCAACCUGCAGUAGACGACUAUCGCUCAGAUCAACCACACUACGAUAUUCACGAACCUGAUCACGGUGGACCACAUUCAGUAGACAAACGUCCUUUUGAUGGGGCUCCGAAUUCUAGGCCUAUGUUUGAUAGACCUCCAGUAUCAAGACCAUUGAUUGAUAGGCCACCCGACUCUAGACCGCCGUUUGAUCGACCUCCUAAUUCAAGACCUCAGUUCGAUGGACCGGAUUCAAGACCUCCGCUCAAUAGACCAAAUGAUUCUAGAAUUAUGCAUGAAAGUAACCGAGAACAUUUUCCAGACCGCGGUGGACCACCUUUUGAAAGAUUUCCUUCGAAUCAAAGGCCUCCAUUUAACAGAGAACAGCAUUUUCCGGAAAGGGAACCCCCUUGGAGGGAAUCUUCCGCGCCACAAGAUGAAGAGAGAUUUAGACCACCUCCUCACGAAAGACCUCCGUUUGAAAACGAUAUGGAUCGGCCUGAUAAUGACGCUAGGUCAGGGGAAGGAUUGCUCGGAUCUGGGCCUCCAGGUGCAAGACCUGAAGGAUUGUCUGAAAACUACCCACCUUUCAGUACACCAGGAGGUCCUAGAAUGCAACCGCUUUUUCGACAUGGACCGAGGCCCCCAUUUGAUGGUGAUGACGGCUUUAAUGAAAGACGAGGACCAACCAGAUUUGGUAUUCGAGGAAUGGAGCAUCGAGGACCAAGACCACCACUCCUCAGACCAGGGAUGCAUGAGCAUGGACCUAGGCCACAUUUAGACCAAUUUGAUCGUCCUCCCGUGGAUCAAGACCGUCGACAUCCACCUAUUGCUCGCGUUAACCCGAAUGACAGAGUUCCGGGAAAUAAUAUCCCAUCUCUUUUUGACCAAGAAGUCAAUGAACCAAUGAAACGACAGGAAGACAACAGACCAUUUGAGCCACCCAGGAGACCUGAAUUUCCAAGCGAUGCAGAUAUGAGAGAUCCAAAUAAUCGGCCACGAGAAAUUAGAGAUAAUAAAGACAGCAAACGGUCUGAUUCUGACAUGCGAGCUAAAUCGAGUGACGAUCGUAGAGAGUCUAGAGAAAAAGACAGUCGUGGAUCUAGAGAAAGUCGUGAAAAGGAUUCGCGCGACAAUAGAGAAACAAGGGAUUUGCGGGAUAGAUACAGUCGGGAUAGAGACCGAGACCGAGAUAGAGUCCGUGAUAGAGAGAGAGAAAGAUCGCGUGAUAAAGACCGAGAAAAAUCGCGGGAUAGAGACAGACAUGAUAGGGACAGAGAUAGGCGCAGAGACGAUGAUCGCAACAGAAGAGAUCGGCGAGAUGAAAGGAGUGAUCGUGACAAAGAUCGUGACCGGAGAGAUAUAAGAGAUAGAGUGAAGGACGAAAGGCGAGAUAGCAAAGGUCGUGAUCAGUUUGGAAGGGAUGUACCUCGUUCAAAAGAGGAACUCGAGAAAAGAAGUUCGGACAGUCAACGUACUUCAUCUAAUACCAGUAGCAACCAGAAAUAUGGUAAAUCGUCUGAAUCAAAUAGCAAUGCAAAUGUUCCAAAGUUAGGAAAAACAGCCGAAGAUACAGACUCCCGAGGACAAAAGCGACCUUUGACCUCAACCGAGAUAACUGAAACAGAUAUAACUGUAAAAGUUAAGGGUAUGCCACUGCAUACAAAUUUUCGCGAUGUUCGCCGGUUCUUCACUGGAUGUGAGAUACCAUGGGAGGGAAUAAAAAGUGAAAAAAAUGAAAAGGGACAAAUGACAGGAGUUAUUUUUAUUAAGUUUCAAAACCAAAGAAGUUUUAGAGAAGGGUUGAACUUUCAUGGAAAAAUCUUCACUGAUGGUAGUCGAAUCGAAAUUUUGAAAUGGAGUAAUAAAGAUUUUGAUAAUUGCGAUCCAGCUAGUAAACUCCAACAGACGCCAGAACAGGAGGACUCAAAACGUCUAAAAGUGGGUGUAGCCCUCAGAACAUCCCAGUACAUUAUCCAGAUGAAAGGACUUGGUAUCAACGGAAAGAAAGUGGAUGUUGUAGAAUUUUUUAAGGGGUGCGAAAUUGCGAAAAAUGGAGAAGGUAUCCAUAUUGAGUAUGACAUAAAAAAUCGGUGUACUGGUACAGCCUUUAUUGAAAUGUCAACGUUAUCCGACUUCCAGACUGCUUUGACGUUCGAUGGGAAAAUGUUUAAUUCUCGUCUAAUACGCGUUAGCGCGGGAAGUCUUAGAGAUGUAGAACAACUACAUGAACGUAUGAGAGAGAUGAUGGCAAACAAGCAAAGUGAGGAACCGGAUAAAAGACCUUUACUGCCGAAUCCUACAAAUAUAGAACCAAACAGAAUUUUAGCACCAGAUGGUGAAUACAGAAAUCGUAUAACAACAAAUCUCCACUGUGUGCACCUUCAAGGAUUACCUCCUCAUGUUGUGGCGAAAGACAUUGCCAAACUUUUUGAUGGAAUCGACAUCGCUCAAAGAGGAAUCCACAUAGUUCAUGAUUCAAAUGGAAGGCCAUUAGGAGAAGCGUUUGUUGAGUUCAGUGACAAUUCAGAAUGUGAAAAAGCAUUAAAUAUGCCAGAUAGAUGUAUUGCUGACCACGAGGUUAGCCUAAAGCCUAUUCCAAAGUCAGAAAUGGUAGACAUACUAAAACAAAUCAGACCGCCCUCACGAGGAAUGAAUUAUUCUCCAAUGCAUGGGCCACCGUCUCACGGUAUGGGCCCACCUCAUGGCGGACCACAAGGACCUAGGGGUCCACCCCCGCACAGUCCACACAAUGGCCCACCAAUGCAUGGUCCUCCACCCCACAAUGGACCCCCGCCACAUGGUCCUCCACCCCAUAAUGGACCUCCGCCACAUGGACCCCCACCCCAUAAUGGACCUCCGCCACAUGGUCCACCGCCCCACAAUGGACCCCCGCCACAUGGCCCUCCACCUCAUGGUAUGCGUCCUCCACUUGGACCUCCGCAUGGACCCCCAGGUCCAUUUCAAGGAAGACGAUUCCCUGUUCUUAUAAAGGGCCUGCCCUUUACUGUAUCCGUCCGUGAAGUGUCGAGUAUGGUACAAGGAUAUAGUCCAAUUCUGGAGUCUGUCAGAGUAAUGGUUGGAAAGGAUUCUGGUGGAACUUCUGCCUUGGUGUCGUUUAGAUGUAUAGAGGAUGCCGAGGGCGUUAUUCGAGAUAUGAACAAUACUUACUAUAGAAAUAAACAGCUCCAUGUUUCACCAGCACCCAUGUAGAGGAGAGAAAGUGCGAGCAGAGAUGGCAGUUGCUGGGACCACUACCUGUUCCGGUCACGUGUCUCCAGAGAGUCGUUAUUUUUUUUUUUCUUUUUGCAAGCAUAUUUUCUGUCAUUUUAUCCGUAAAGAAUAAUGGUUAUUUUAAGCGUUUCUUUCUACAUCAUGAUUUGAUUUAUAUUUUGUCUGUGAAUAAAUGGAUAAUACCCUA